UUCAUUUUUUGUUCUAUCAAAUUUAGAUUCUUGUAUAUAUAUAUUUAUCUCUAAGAAUAUCUCGUCUAAAAAAGAUGGAUGGAAAUCUGAGAAAAUCUCUGUCUUCAAACUCUAUGCCUUCUCUGAAUUCUAGGCUUGAUCACUUGGAUUCUACGAUUAAAUAUUUGGAAGGUAGGAAAUGUUCAUCAGCAAGAUGGACCAAUGAUGGUGCAGGACUUGGGGCUGUGAACAGAGAUUGCAUACCAAUUGACUUGGCUGUCAAGGAGGCUCAAUCCAAAGGUUCGAUUUUGGAUCGAAUCACGUCUCUCGAGGAACGAUUAAUCCAGGUAUGCUCACUCAUUGAAUCUGAAGCUGGUUUGUCUCCAUCAAAAUACUCUCAAGAAGAAACUUCUCCUCGAAUAUCAAGAAAGGGAUUUUCCAACUCUUUUUCUAGAUUUAGGCUGCCUCGUCGUAGCAACAACAAGCAACCAAUAUCCCCAACUUGCAUGGACGAACUCCCGAUUACAGAGGAAAAAGAGCAUAAUGCCAAGACAAAGCAAGAUAAGAAGAGUAAGGGUGACAAAUCUUCUCCAAAACAAAAGAAAUUGGUUCCUUCUAGUUUGUUACAUUUGAGAUUAUUGGGCUGCUCAUGAUUUGGUUUCAUUUAAUUUUUUUUUCACUUGUGUAUUAUGUCAAACAUACUUGUAUUAAUCUAGGUAUUCAUGUUGUGAGACUUGUGACUAUGUCUCCAAAGAGUAUUAUCUUGUUUAGUGGUAACUAAUAAUGGUACGUAGUAAGUAUGAAUUUGUGUAUGAUUAGUUUUUGUUAAGGAGUGACCUUUCAAACAACACAUGUAAGUGUCCUACAUCAAUAAAUUAUG